CCACAUACACACCAUAAAUCCACGAGAGGGUCCCAUUCUGAUAUCCUGGCAGUCUCCAGUCUCCACAUUUGAAGAACCAGUCUUGACUUCGAAGUAGACAGCUUCUCAAUAUUUCUUAAUACACAGGAAGACAAUGGCGGUGUCUUUCCUUUCAACUGUCCCUAAUCUGCUUCCUAUCACCUCUGCCCCAAGAUAUCCUACUAUUGCUGCUGCAGUUCGUUGUAGUAAAAUUGAAGCUGAUGCUGUUAGUGAGGACAGAUUUAAGCGGAGGAGCAUCCUUACAUUCUUUGGUACCACUGUCGGGUUGGAAUUAGUAAGAAGCUCGGGAACAUUUGUUGAAAUUGCUGAGGCAGCUGAUUUGAUACAACGCAGGCAGCGUUCUGAUUUUCAAUCAAGUAUCAAGGAUACCUUAUAUAAGGCUAUAAAGGAAAAUCCAGAUGUUAUCCCUUCCUUACUCACUUUGGCAUUGAAUGAUAUUAUGACUUAUGAUAAGGCUUCAAAAUCUGGCGGGCCAAAUGGAUCCAUCCGAUUCAGCUCAGAGAUCAGCAGACCUGAAAACAAGGGAUUUGUUGGUGCUUUGAAUUUAGUUGAGGAAGCAAAGAAAGAAAUUGAUUCAAAUUCCAAAGGGGGCCCUGUUUCCUAUUCUGAUAUUAUCCAAUUCGCAGCCCAAAGUGCCAUUAAGCAAACAUUUCUAGCUUCUGCAAUUCGCAAAUGUGGAGGAAACGUUGAGAAGGGCAGUUUGUUAUACACUGCAUAUGGUUCAAAUGGUCAGUGGGGCUUAUUUGAAAGGAAUUUUGGAAGAACAGAUACCCAAGAGCCUGAUCCAGAGGGAAGGGUUCCCCAGUGGGACAAAGCAAGUGUUCAAGAAAUGAAAGACAAGUUCUCUGCAGUUGGCUUCGGCCCCCGUCAGCUAGCUGUUAUGUCUGCAUUCUUGGGUCCUGAUCAGAUAGCCACAGAAACUCUAUUGGCCACGGAUCCAGAAGUUCUGCCGUGGGUUCAGAAGUACCAGCGCAGCCGAGAAACAGUGUCAGAAACAGAUUAUGAGGUUGAUCUGAUAACUACUCUCACAAAGUUGAGUGGUUUGGGCCAACAAAUCAAUUACGAGGCGUAUACCUAUCCAAUAAAAAAAGUUGAUUUCAGCAAACUCAAACUGUGAAGAGUAUCCGAUGGUUAUGAGAGCAGUUUCAGCUCUUGCUAGUCAAUCAUUUAUUCUUGGAUGGGAGACAUUGACUCAAACUUCGUUGCUAACUAUGAAAUUGACGAACAACUAUGUUCUUGUACAGGAUGGUGUACGUGUGGGUAUAGAAAAUGCUAGGUGAAUUCGUUGUCUGGUAAUCACUUGCAUCCGACAUUGUUUUGUACCCUUCUUGAUGCAAAAGAUCCCAAAGA